ACCUAUCACUAAUUCUCACCUCACAAAAUAAAAAAAAACGAAUUCUUGAUUUCCCAAUUAAACCCUCAUCCUCCUUAUCCUUUUAGGGACAAAAAAACCCCAAAUUCAUGGCAGCUGAAUAUUCCGGUAGCCGGAGUUCCAACACGCAGCUUCUCGCUGAACUCGAAACCCUAAGUGAAAACCUUUACCAAAAACCUCAGGCUUCAGUUGGUCGGAGAACUAAUUCUCUCGCUCUCCCUCGCAGUUCCGUUCCGUCCCUCGUGACGUCUGCCGAUGAAGGACGAGCCGAAGAUGUGACUGUACCGAAACCGCGGUCUCGGCGUUUAUCGCUGUCUCCAUGGCGUUCAAGACCGAAGCUUGAGGUAGAGGAGGAAGAGAGUCUGAACACGAAUCAGAACAGAAGCAUCAAGAGACCAGAGGAGUCGUCAAUAUUGGGAUCGAAUGUAAAGGAAGAGAGAAAAGGGAUAUGGAAUUGGAAACCUAUUCGCGGGUUGGUCCGAAUCGGAAUGCAGAAGCUGAGCUGUUUGUUAUCGGUCGAGGUCGUGGCGGCGCAGAAUCUACCGGCGUCGAUGAACGGCCUAAGACUAGGGGUUUGCGUGAGGAAGAAGGAAACGAAAGACGGAGCCGUCCAGACGAUGCCGUGUCGGGUUUCUCAAGGAUCUGCAGAUUUCGAGGAGACCCUGUUUAUCAAAUGUCACGUCUACUACUCGCCAGCGAACGGGAAAGGUGCUCCGGCCAAGUUCGAGGCUCGUCCGUUUUUAGUUUAUCUUUUCGCCGUGGACGCUAAAGAGCUGGAGUUUGGAAGACAUUUUGUGGAUUUGAGCGAAUUGAUUCAAGAGUCUGUGGAGAAGAUGAGUAUCGAAGGAGCUAGAGUUAGGCAAUGGGAUAUGAGUUGGGGGCUUUCAGGUAAAGCGAAAGGAGGUGAAUUGGUUCUGAGAUUAGGGUUUCAGAUAAUGGAGAAAGACGGUGGAGCUGGCAUUUACAGUAAGCAAGGUGAAUUAGGGAUAAAACCGAGCAGUAAAUCUAAGAAUUUCUCUGGUUCCUUUGGGCGGAAGCAAUCGAAAACCUCGUUUAGUGUCCCGAGCCCUAAGAUGAUGAGCCGCAGCGAAGCUUGGACCCCAGCUACAGGUGCGGAGUCUGCAUCGGAUCUUCAAGGAAUUGAGCAUUUGAAUCUGGAUGAACCCGAUGAGAAACCCGGGCACAAAACAGAGGAAACAGAACAGAGAGCUAAAGAUGAUCAAGAAGUUAUUGAUGAAGGAGAUGAUCAGGAACAUGAUUUUGAAGUUGUGGACAAAGGAGUCGAGUUUGAUGACGACAUAGAAACUGAGAAAUCCGAUGGUACCAUGGGCGAAGGAUCCGUUGAGCCGAAGGAACAACAUGUUAAUAUUGAUGAUCCACGGCACAUAAUGAGACUAACUGAGUUAGAUUCGAUUGCAAAGCAAAUCAAAGCGCUUGAAUCGAUGAUGAAAGACGAUAGUAAUGGAACGGAAGGUGAAGCAGAGUCACCAAGACUAGAUGAAGAGGAACAGACAGUGACAAAAGAGUUCCUUCAGCUGCUUGAAGAUGAAGAAACUGAGAAUCUCAAAUUCUACCAGCACAAAAUGGAGAUCUCUGAGCUGCGGUCUACCGAAUCAGUAGAAGUAGAAUCUGAGAAUUACCUCUCAGAUCUCGGAAAAGGCAUAGGUUGCGUUGUUCAGACCAGAGACGGUGGUUACUUAGUUUCUAUGAACCCUUUUGACACACUGGUCAUAAGGAAAGAAUCUCCUAAACUCGUGAUGCAAAUCUCGAAACAGAUUGUUGUACUACCAGAAGCCGGAUCAGCGAUUGGAUUCGAAUUGUUUCACAGAAUGGCGGGUUCGGGUAAGGAAUUUGACUCGAAGAUAGCUUCACUUAUGGCGAUGGACGAGCUAAUGGGGAAAACAGGGGAGCAAGUGGCAUUUGAAGGAAUAGCUUCAGCGAUUAUACAAGGGAGGAACAAAGAGCGAGCAAACACUAGCGCAGCUAGGACGGUCGCAGCUGUUAAAACGAUGGCUAAUGCAAUGAACAGCGGAAGAAGGGAGAGGAUAAUGACAGGAAUUUGGAACGUGGAGGAGAAUCCACUGAAUUCGGCAGAGGAGGUUUUAGCCGUUUCUUUACAGAAGCUAGAGGAAAUGGUGAUUGAAGGACUAAAGAUUCAAGCUGAUAUGAUGGAGGAAGAUGCUCCUUUCGAGGUGUCUGCUGCUAAAGGUCAACGGAAUCCACUUGAAUCGACCAUUCCACUCGACGAGUGGCUCAAGGAGAAUCGGAUGCAGAAAUCGCUGACGGUUCUGGCGACGGUGCAGCUACGAGAUCCGACAAGGAGAUAUGAAGCUGUGGGAGGGACUGUCGUAGUGGCAGUGCAGGCCGAAGAGGAGGAGAAAGGGUUAAAGGUUGGUAGUUUGCAUGUUGGGGGACUGAAAAGGAAUGCGGCGGAGAAACGGAGGUUGACAGCAGCACAGUGGCUUGUGGAGUAUGGAAUGGGGAAGAAAGGGAAGAAGAAGAGCAUUGUUAAGAGAAAAGAGAAGGAAGAAGACGAAGAAGAAUUGUUGUGGAGCUUGUCGUCCAGAGUUAUGGCGGAUAUGUGGCUCAAAUCGAUACGGAACCCUGAUGUUAAGUUGCAUAGCUAAGGUUGAGAUAUUCACAUUACACAAUAAUAUGCAUCUGUUAUCUGAAGUUGGUAUAUUGUUCUUUCCAUUUUCCGCUUUUUACUAUUAUAUUAAACAGAAUAAUACAAGAAAUAACACUUACGAGAGAUACAAUGAAUAAUUUCU